AUGGUCUUACCUCACGAACCAGAAUUUCAACAAGCUUACGAUGAAUUAGUUUCAGCUAUUCAAGAUUCAACAUUAUUUGAAGAACAACCAAAAUACAAAAAAGUUAUACCAGUUGUUUCAGUUCCAGAAAGAAUAAUUCAAUUUAGAGUUGUUUGGGAAAAUGAUAAAGGUGAAGCUCAAGUUAAUAAUGGUUAUAGAGUUCAAUUUAAUUCCGCUUUAGGUCCAUAUAAAGGUGGUUUAAGAUUUCACCCAUCGGUUAAUUUAUCAAUUUUAAAAUUUUUGGGUUUUGAACAAAUUUUUAAAAAUGCUUUAACUGGUUUAUCAAUGGGGGGUGGUAAAGGUGGUUCUGAUUUUAACCCAAAGGAUAAAUCAGAUGCUGAAAUUAGAAGAUUUUGUGUUUCAUUUAUGAGAGCUUUAGCUAGAUAUAUUGGUCAAGAUACUGAUGUUCCAGCAGGUGAUAUUGGUGUUGGUGGUAGGGAAGUUGGUUAUUUAUUUGGUGCUUAUAAACAAAUGCAAAAUAAUUGGUCAGGUGUUUUAACUGGUAAAGGUAUUAAUUGGGGUGGUUCUUUAAUUAGACCAGAAGCUACUGGAUAUGGUACUGUUUAUUAUGUUGAAAAAAUGAUUGAAAAAGCUACAAAAGGUAAAGAAACUUUUAAAGGUAAAAAAGUUACCAUUUCAGGUUCAGGUAAUGUUGCUCAAUAUGCAGCAUUAAAAGUUAACGAAUUAGGUGGUAUUGUUGUUUCAUUAAGUGAUUCAAAAGGUUCAAUCAUUUCUAAGAAAGGUAUUACCAAUGAACAAGUUGAAGCAAUCGCAAAAGCUAAAUUACAAUUUAAAUCAUUAGAACAAAUAAUAAAAGAUGAAGCUAGAAUCUUUGAUGAUUCGAUUGAAUAUAUUGCUGGUGUUAGACCAUGGACUAAAGUUGGCCAAGUUGAUGUUGCAUUACCAUGUGCUACUCAAAAUGAAGUUAGUGGUGAAGAAGCUAAAGCUUUAGUUGAUGCUGGUUGUAAAUUUAUUGCUGAAGGUUCAAAUAUGGGUUCAACAAAAGAAGCAAUUGAAGUUUUUGAAUCAAACAGAUCAAAUGAUGUUUGGUAUGCUCCAGGUAAAGCUGCAAAUUGUGGUGGUGUUGCUGUUUCAGGUUUAGAAAUGGCUCAAAAUUCUCAAAGAGUUACUUGGUCUAAUGAAGAAGUUGAUUCAAAAUUGAAAGAUAUCAUGUACACAUGCUUUGAAAAUUGUUAUGAUACAGCAGUUAAAUAUUCAACUGAUAAAAAUUCACAAGGUUUACCAUCAUUAUUAAAAGGUGCAAACAUUGCAGGGUUUAUUAAAGUUGCAGAUGCAAUGUUUGAUCAAGGUGAAGUAUUUUAG